GAGGGAGGGAGAGGAAGGCGUGCGCAUGUCAGUACUGAAGUGUCGCCUUUCCCAUCCCAGCACCUCGCGGACCACACCUCACUCCACCUCCACAUAACACUCCACUCACUCCAUUCCACUCCCUGCAGCACAAAACAGAGCCCGUGUGCGUGUGUGUGUGCGUGUACGUUUGCGUGUGUACGUGUAUUAGUGAUUUUUAAAAGAAACCGUGCCAUAUUGUUCGUGUGUGCGUGACAGUGCGUGUUUCUCAGCCCCUUCACGCACACGCGCGUUUUCAUACAUACGCGUACAUUCAUACUACUCUUAACCCUUCAAAACCCACGUAGUUAAAGCAUAGCAAAGAAAACCAAGUGAGAUAACAAGAGGGAAAAGUGAGAUAGGCGGUUUUUUGGAAGUGACAGGCGCCAUGUUUCUGUAAGUUCCUCCCCCUUCUUCUUGUUUCGCCUCUCCCUCUUCCCCCUUUGAGGCGACAUGGGGCUGAAACUCACCUGGGGGAACCUGCUGACCUUCCUCAUUACUGUGUGGGUCACCUACACCUGCGCCCUUCGUACCUGUCAGCCGGAUGACUUUCACUAUGAAUUCACUGAGUGCGACACGUCAGGGGGCCGGUGGAGGGUGAGUGUGCCUGCCACCAACACCUGUGAGGGGGGAAACCCACGGCCACCAAGGAGGACUCAGGGAUGCAGUGUUUCAUGUGAUCCUGGCUGGUACUUCAAUGUGGGAGAGCUGGAGUGUGCGCCCUGCCCCAAUGGUACCUACUCACUCGGGGGUGGUGUGCGGUAUGACUCCUGGCAGGUCCUUCCUACUGGAUUCACAGCUUACACUGAGGUCUUUCGGUCAGCCUUUUUCUUCAAGGGCCGGAGACAUGGGGACCUAAACUGUAGUGAAUAUGGCUGGCAAACCAAGGGUGAUGUCAUCGCUAGCAAGGGAGGGCCCUGUGCUGCCUUUCUUAUGUACACUGUCAAGUUAGUCAAGCCUGGAGCUGUCACUUAUGUCUACCAAUACACCGAUGAGGAUAUUAUCUUUGAAUUUGAGGCCCAAGAUGAGGAGUGUCAGAUCAUCACAGAAAGGGAGGGUGCUAAGUGGCCACCCCUCACCCCUGAAGGACAGUGGAAGAAGAGGACCCUGACGCUAGACCCUGGUGUGUAUGUGCUGCAUUGGAAGACCAUUGGCAUUGAGGUACAUGGACCAUCAAGACCUGUGCUGAUCAAGAGUGUGCAUAUUAGUGGCGUGGCCCACUCAUCAGAAUGCUCGCCAUGUCCUGAGGGAACAUUCAGUGGGCCGGCAGCCUCAGAGUGUCAGGAAUGCCAAGAAAACACCUACUCCCCUCGCCGUUCCUCUACUUGUGAAAUGUGCAACAGUGUGACUGAGUAUGCACCGAAGCGAUCUGGGAAGUGUCUGCCGCGGCCCCCCUGCACCUCCAGUGACUACUAUGAGGUGGACUCUGCUUGUAAUGAGAAGAACCAGACCUAUGCAGUGUACAAGUGGGUGGAGCCAAUGGUGUGCCGGCAGUCACUGGAGGGCUCCGUGUCGCUGCCCCCCUCAGGCAAGAUGAAGCCCUGCCCACCCUGUAAUGCUGGCAUGCACUACAUUCCUGGCCAAGGGUGUAUGUUCUGCCCUCGGAACCACUUUGGGGAUGGUGUGUCGCCCUGCCAGGCCUGCCCCCCCAACACCGCCCCCAACUAUGGCUACCAGUACCAGUGGUGGACUACCCUACCCCCCAACAUGGCCUCCACAUGCAUGUCCUAUGAUGAUGUCGGAUGCAGCAGUCCAUAUGGAUGGCAAGAGGCGGGUGACCACAUCCACACCAGGAGAGGAAAUGUGGAUGAUGCGUAUCUGGUGCUCAGUCUCAAGGUGUGGGGUUUCCGAGGGCGUGAAGGAUUUGUAGGAGGCAGGCUGAUGGAAGUAGGACGCAUAUCCUUUACCUUUGAGCUGUCCUGCACUUCGGACUGUCAGUUUGUCUUCAUGGAGGCCUCAAGUAAGAAUGAUGCCAAACCCCUGCAAGUGUGGACAGGCUCACAGCCCAGGCAGUUCUACAGUUAUCUUAUCACCCGUAACGAUUCCUACAGCUUCUCCUGGUCAUUCCAAAAGGUGCCUUGGGAGGAGAGUUCCAUCAAGCCCCGGGGGUCACUGCGACUCUUUGAAACUGAUGUGGCCAAGAUCUUCAAUAUAAAUGUUUCGAACACUGUGGAGGGAGGUGCCUCUAGCUGUCUGCCUUGCUUCCAGCCUCACCCGGUCACCCCAUCACCCCAGCAGGCACAGGCAGCAGCAGGGUGCAUACCAUGUCCUGCGGGUCACUACAUAGAGAAAAACAGUACUGAGUGCACCCCCUGCCCCCCCAACACUGUGGUGACUGACCCCCUCCCUUACGGCCCGGAGUCCUGCCUGCCCUGUGGCCCUGGAUUGGUGGCCCCCGAUCACCUCUCCUGUGGUGCGCAGUGUCACCUCAAAGUGGGGAAUUAUACCUAUGACCUCACAAAUAUCAGCAGCCCCAGGAGCCUGACAGCGGGCACCCUCUUCACCUCCUCUGGCACCAAGUUCUACCACGUAUUCAACAUUUCCAUCUGCGGCAACACCACUGUCAACUGUUCUAACAAUAUCUCCUACUCACUGGACGGAGAACCUGCAUCCAACACAGUGAUAUCCCGAGUGUGCCGCUUCACCCUGGUGCCGGGAGUGGAGGGGGUGAUAGAGGGAGGCCACACAGGCAAGCUGGCCACACAGUCAGUAUCCCUGGGUGACCAUCUGGUAGGGUACUCCACCAACACCACCCUCAUGAACAUCUCUGUCAUCGAUGAGUUCAUCAACCCCUACCCAGCAGUGUCCCCUGACCUCCACUUCUUCUACACCGCACCUCAGUCAACGAGGGCAUGUCCCAGUGGGCGGGCGACAACCCUGACCCUGCGGUGUGACCCUGAGCAGCCAGGGUCAGGAAAGGUGGUGCUGCCUACCCAAUGCCCAGAUGGGACUUGUGACGGCUGCAACUUUCACUUCCUGUGGUCAUCUGCCUACGCCUGCCGCCAGUGUGCCUAUGAAGACCUAACCACGGUGCAUGGGGAGUGUGUGCAGGGAUUCCAGAAGGUGCAUUACAUCACACCCAGCCACUGCCGGCAUGAACACGCCAAGGAGGGUCGUCUUGUGCCCUGCUCUGUGCGCCUCUCCUUCCUGGUGGAGGUGAUUGUGCUGAGUGCUGUGUGUGUGGCGCUGCUGCCAUGCCUCCUGCUGUUCUGCCUGUGGAAGAAGAACCAGCGUUUGGAAUACAAGUACAUGAAGCUGGUGGCCAAGGAGUCAUCCAAGGACGGCAUGAUGGAGCUGCCACCGGCUGAGUCGUGUGCGCUGGAUGACGGGGAGGAGGAGGAGGUGCAGUUCAGCAAGCAACCCCCAAGAGGUUUGCUGGGGAAGUUCAAACAGCAUAAAGUUGUGGCUACAGAGGGCCGUGGCUUGCUGAUGGACUCUCAUGCACCCCUCACUCUCACCUCCAAGGACCAGCUCACCUGAACACACUGCACACCACCACACUAACCACACACCACCAACACUAUUUGUGAAAACACUUCAUCAACUUACACACCCAAUCAGGAAACUUUCACCAGACACUUGCCUCAGUCUUACCCCAUACAAGCCAGCCAGCCAAUCACAGUGAGGCAAGGGUCAAGGGACUGUUUCCUAUUGGUGGGUGUUAGUGUUUUCAAUAGUGUGUCAGUGAAUGUGUGUGUGUCAGUUUAAGCUGGUCAGGACACAGGGACACAGAAACUCAUAUGCUGAUUGGUCGACAUAUUCCUUCCCUUGUUUUGAAAUGUGUGAUAAAUUUAUCGUAUUUCCUCCCAAAACCGCUAUGUAAUUGUAAGAUACCAGGUUGUUUUUGUUUGCAUAAUCUGGUGUCUUAUAACCAAGCAAGGAUCUUGGUGGAAAUACAUCAUUAGUUUGCUGUAGACUUUGAAACUGGAUGGGAAUACAUAGACCAGUGAGUGAGUGAAUGAGAGAGAGCAUCAGUAAGUGGCAGACUUAAAACAAGCUUAGAAUAUGUAUAGCUGUGAGUGAGUGAGUGAGAGCAUCAGUAAGUGGCAGAGUUAAAAUAAACUUAGAAUAUGUAGAGCUGUGAGUGAGUGAGUGAGAGCAUCAGUAAUUGGCAGAGUUAAACCAAGAUUGGAAUACGUAGAGCUGUGAGUGAGUGAGUGAGAGAGAGAGAGCAUCAGUAAGUGGCAGAGUUAAAACAAGCUUGGAAUAUGUAGAGCUGUGAAUCAGUGAGUGAGAGAGCAUCAGUGUGGCUGUGUUCCUGUGUCCCCCACUGCCUGCACCCCAUGCACACACACACACACACACACACACACACACACACACACACACACACACACACACACACACACACACACACACACACACACACACAUACUUGAUGAUGCACAGUGUAGCAGCAAAGUGUAUGUUUGUCCAUCACCUGCAAUCCUAUGAAAUACUGCUUAAGUUGAGUGUCUACUUAAUUAUAAUGCUGAGUGCUCUUUCAUAAGUUUUGUAAAUAUAGUUGCUUUUUUUUUAUUGUAUUAUUUGUCUUAGUUUUGCAGUUGUUCUUUUUUAUUUUUUUAAGGUAAGUUACAGUUUGUUAUUGAAAAAUGUGAAUUUCAUCUGAUUUUGUGAACUUUUCUGGGUCUGCUAGUGAAAAAUUGAUGGAAGCAAGAAGUAAGCCAAUCUCAUAUUUUAGUCUGUAAUCCUCCAGUAUUUAUUUAUCGUUACAAUGUAUUAUUAAGGAAUUAUGUAUUUUUGCUUCUUUAUUAUUUUUAAGUAAGUGAUUAUGUGAAAAAGAGGUAAGUGUUCAAAAUUCACAUAUAUAAAAAUGUUUAAUAGUUUUUUAGUGUUUGGUAAUGAAGAAAAAAGGAUGAGUGUUAAAAGUUAACAAAUAUUGAUAAUUUUUACCAGAUUUAUGAUAUUUUUAUUUGUUUUAAUAAAAAAGAUGGACGUGUCUAAGAUAUACAAAAUAUUAAUAUCUCUCCUGAUGUGAAAUU